AUGAAUAUGCUCCACCACUUGCCUCUUGUAUCUCCUUCUUCAUGGAAUCCAUCUCACAAGGGUAUUUGCCCGUGUGUCUGUGUCGUGGUAUGUAGAAGGCCUCGAAUUUCACCUCCAAGUUCAGAUAAGCUUAGGUUGAAGUUUGGCCUUGAAAGGCUUAAGAGAAGGGAGCCAAUAAUUUCUCGGACUAUUUUCUGUGCCAGCCAGAGAGCUAGACAAAAUCCCUUCAUCAGGAAAGAACAACCAAUUACUCAAAAUGUGGAUCUUCCACCCAUACUUCCUAAGAAUAAAAAGAAACCCUUUCCCAUUCCAUUCAAGAAGAUCCAGAAGGCUGCAAGGGAGGACAAAAAACUUGCACAAAUGGGUAUUGAGAAGCCCCUUCAACCUCCAAAAAAUGGAAUACUUGUCCCUGACCUGAUUCCUCUUGCAUAUGAGGUACUAGAUGCCUGGAAAGUUUUGAUUAAAGGUGUUGCGCAGCUCUUGCACACUAUUCCUGUAUAUGGUUGCAGUGAAUGCUCAGAAGUUCAUGUGGCCCCGGAAGGUCACCAAAUUAAGGACUGUCUCGGUCCAACCAGUAGGAACCGUCACAGCCUCCAUCUAUGGGUCAGGGGUUCAAUCAAUGACAUACUUUUACCUAUUGAGUCUUAUCAUCUAUAUGACCCUUUUGGUAGGCGAAUCAAGCACGAAACUCGAUUUGACUAUGACAGGAUUCCAGCUGUUGUAGAACUCUGCAUCCAAGCUGGUGUGGAUAUACCAGAGUAUCCAUCACGCAGAAGAACAAAACCAAUCAGAAUGAUUGGAAAGAAGGUGAUCGACAGAGGUGGAUUCCUUGAGGAGCCUAAACCUUGGCGUCUUGGAAAUCCAUCUACUCUUGUUGAGUUUGAUACAUAUAGGGCCAGUGAACGAUUUCCGCCUCCUCUAUCAGAAGAUAUACCAAGGAUUGCACAGGAGACUAUGGAUGCGUAUGAUUUUGUCAGAUCAGGUGUGAGGAAGUUAAUGAAGAAGUACAUGGUGAAGGCAUGUGGGUAUUGCUCUGAGGUUCACGUGGGACCUUGGGGUCACAAUGCUAAAUUUUGCGGCGAAUUCAAGCAUCAAUGGAGGGAUGGAAAGCAUGGUUGGCAGGAUGCAAUCAUUGACGAAGUUUUCCCUCCAAAUCAUGUCUGGCAUGUUAGAGAUCCUGGAGGACCUCCAUUGAGGAGUGCACUGAAGAGGUUUUACGGCAAGGCUCCAGCUGUGGUUGAGCUGUGCAUGCAAGCAGGUGCACAAGUCCCAGACAAAUACAAACCCAUGAUGAGGCUUGAUAUUAUAGUCCCUGAAAGCGACGAGGCGAAAUUAGUUGCAUGA